AUGCUCUCUCAUGCCCUCCUGAACGCGUUCAAAACCAAAUCACCAGCCCUCGGCGCAUGGCUGACGCUCCCGGGGACGUUCCACGCGCGAACCGUUGCACAAGCAAGCCCGCAUCUCUCGUGGAUAGUCGUGGACUGCGAGCACGGGAUGAUCCCGCUCGUGCCAUCGGCGUCGGAGAGCGUCUCGGCGCUCCAGAACGCGCGCCCGGCGAAUAGCAACGGGGGCGGGCUGACGACGAUCGUGCGGAUCCCGGCGACCGGGGUCACGGCGAGCUCGAGCUGGCAGAUCAAGCAUGCCCUGGACGGCGGGGCGCAUGGGGUUCUGGUCCCGCUGGUAUCCACAGCCGAGAAGGCGAAGGAGGUAGUGAGCGACUGCCGGUUCCCGCCCUUGGGAAGACGCGGGUUCGGCAGUCCCUUCACCCACGGGAUGUGGGGCGUAUCGGCGGCAGACUAUCUCAAGGCCGCGAACGACACCAUCUUAGUGAUGGUCCAGAUAGAGAACAAAGAGGCGGUGGAGAACGUGAGCGAGAUCGCUGCGGUGGACGGUAUCGCUUCGGUGGCAUGUGCCAGUGGGAGGCUGAUUCAGAGAGCUGUGACUGAUUGGAACUUCCAAGAUGUUCUAUUCAUUGGACCGUACGACCUGUCCAUCUCCCUUGGAUACCCCACGCCAAACCCCGAUCCCCACCCAGAUGUGGAGCAAGUCAUCCAGAAGAUCCUGCACGCGGCACAUGCAAAGAACAAGAAGUGUGCGAUUUUCUGCACUUCAGGAGAGCAGGCAGCGCUCCGAGUGAAAGAGGGGUUCGACAUGAUAAAUGUUACAAGCGACACCGGCGCGAUGUCCGAAGCCAUCUCCAAGCACGUAUCCGCCGCGUUGAACAAAGCCUAG